AUGCCUUCCUUGAUGCACGUCAACGGUAUCUCCAAGUCUCGGUUUGACGCUAUUGAGGAAACAAUCGAAGCAUUUAACCAUGGCGAAUUCAUUGUUGUCCUCGACUCUACGGACCGUGAAAAUGAGGGAGACCUCAUCAUUGCGGCUGAGGACGUCACCACUGCGAAGAUGGCCUUCAUGAUCCGACACACCAGCGGUCUCAUCUGCGCCCCUCUGACAUCUUCCAUUGCACAUGAGCUUGAUCUGCCCCAAAUGGUCACUCAGAAUAACGAUCCCAAUCGUACCGCCUACACUAUAUCCGUCGAUGCCUCCGAUCCAUCUAUCACGACUGGUAUAUCUGCCCACGACCGGGCAUUGACCUGUCGUAUAUUGGCCCUAGAUUCAUGUAAGCCAACCUCAUUAAGACGCCCAGGGCAUGUUUUUCCUCUGAGGGCACGGGAUGGCGGCAUAAAAGUGAGGAAGGGGCACACGGAAGCUGCCGUCGAGUUCUGUCGUCUAGCAGGCAAACGGCCAGUUGGGGUGAUCUGCGAACUUGUCGAGGAUGGCGAGGAGGUUUCUGGUAGAUCAAUGCGACAUGAGGCUGGUAUGAUGCGGCGGGAUGGGUGUCUCGCUUUCGGCAAGAAGUGGGGUCUGAGGGUGUGCACAAUAGAGGAUCUUGUGGAAUAUGUCCAGUAUCAAGAAACAACAAAAUCUUGA